AUGAAGUGGCUUGUGCUCCUCGGGCUGGUGGCCUUCUCAGAUUGCAUAGUCAAAAUACCUCUAAAGAGGGUGAAGAUCAUGAGAAAAACCCGCAGUGAAAAAAUCAUGCUGAACAAUUUCCUGAAGGAACAUGCUUACAGACUGUACCAGACUUCUUCUCCUGGCUCAAAUAUAACUACUCACCCCCUGAGAAAUAGCCAGGAUACAGUAUAUGCGGGUAACAUCACCAUUGGAACACCCCCUCAGGAAUUCCAGGUUGUCUUUGACACAGGCUCAUCUGACCUGUGGGUGCACUCUGUCUUUUGCACCAGCCGACUCUGCUCUUCACACGUUUUGUUCAGACAUCAUGAGUCUUCCACCUUCCGGUCUACCCAAAGGAAAUUCAGAAUCCAAUACAGUUCUGGGUGGAUGAAGGGAGUUGUUGUUCAUGACACCGUUCGGAUUGGGGACCUUGUAAGUACUGACCAGCCAUUUGGUCUGAGCAUGGAGCAUUCCGGGUUUGAGGGAAUGCCUUUUGAUGGCGUCUUGGGCUUGAGCUACCCCAACAUAUCUUUCAUUGGAGGUAUCCCCAUCUUUGACAACCUGAAGAAUCAAGGUGCCAUUUCGGAGCCUGUCUUUGCCUUCUACCUGAGCAAAAGCAAGCCAGAGGGCAGUGUGGUGAUGUUUGGUGGGGUGGAUAAAUCCUACUACCAGGGAACACUCAACUGGGUACCAUUGAUCCAAGUGGGCAAAUGGCGUGUCCGCAUGGACCGCAUCUCCAUGAACAGUCAGGUUAUUGCUUGUAAUGACGGCUGUGAGGCCACUGUGGACACUGGGACGUCACUGAUCCUUGGCCCAGGAAGACUGGUCGAUAACAUCCUGAGGCUCUUCGGUACCACCAAGGUGAAUGGUCAUGCCCCAGGGUCACUCCCACACUAUGUAUCAUGUUCUGUGGUCAAUACCCUGCCCUCUAUUGACUUCACCAUCAACGGCAUCAACUACCCACUGCCAGCUCAAGCCUACACCAUCAAGGAUUCUAGCGGCGACUGCUUUAUUGGCUUUCGAGGGACCCGAGUGAAUAGAUCUACAGAGACCUGGACCCUGGGUGACGUCUUCCUGAGGCAGUAUUUCUCGGUCUUUGAUCGAGGAAAUGACAGGAUUGGCCUGGCACAGGCAGUGUAA